GAACCGAGUGGCACCGUGACCUGGGUCAGGGCAGAGGCGGGAUGUGCAAAGAGAAACUUCCACAUGAAACAACCGGGAACCGAGCGGGCGCGGAGAGACCCCGCUUCAUUUGAUUAAAACUCUCGCUUCUCCUCUUUACAGAAAACAAUUCACGGUGUUUCCAGUUUUUUUGUUUUUCACAUCAUUCAAACUGAGGCCCAUUAUCUCAAAACCUCUUCCCCAGCCACUUCAACAACAACAACACAGGCCGGCAGCAAGAAUGCAGCUGGGUACGGCCUUUAUUAAACUUUAAUUACAGACACAGAGAUGUCUGCCUGCCCAGCUGAAGGGGAAUGGAAAACAAUCAGAAAGAAAAAAGGAAUAAAGAAACGGAGGGAACGUGCCAGAGGCCUUCCUCACGCGGUGGAGUUUCCGAGUGUGGCUGAGAGGCAGAGAAUCCAGCAGAAAAUACAGGAAGCGGUAGAGGAAUUGCAAAGUUCUGAAUUCUGGAUCGUUUGCCUCGAAACCAUUCAAAGAGUCGUGAAUAUGUAUCAUACAGAUCAACUUGAAUCUCCAUCAAAUCCCUUCCCUAUUGGGGAACCUCCAGGUUCCGUUGAACAGAAAAAGCACAAUACAGACCAUUGUCAAAAUACACUUAACUCAGUGUGUUAUGGAAUUGGGAACUUUUCUAGUUCCAUAUCAUCUCGUUAUCAGCUGGCUCUGCUGUUCCUGCUGCUAGAGACACUACAGAUCCCUCGAGAUGGCUGCCUUCUCUUUGAUCCACUGUUUACAGAAUGGGAGAAGAAAUUCUUGAAGGAUUGUGGGAUGGUGGUGCUUGAGGAAAAUGAGGAAGGGAAACGAUCCAUCGACAGGCCAACACUGUUCUACAUGAUUCACUGUGGCAAAGCUCUCUACAAUAACCUCUUGUGGAAAAACUGGUCACCCCAAAAACUUGCACAAACUAUUCUCAUCGGAAACAGUUUCAAAGGGAUAGAGGAGAGAUUACCAGCCAGAGUGCUGAAGAGGGACUACACAUACAUUGAUCAUAUAUUGGCAGUGACUGAAGAGGCUGCCUUCCCCUCCAGCAGUAGAUAUAUGGAUAUAUUUAAUGACACCUCCAUACAUCAGUUUCCGAGAAAAAAACUAGAUUCACAGCCUUUGGAGUUUUGGGAAGGUGCUACUGAACCCACAUACCAGGACUGUGAGGACUUGGAAAUUAUCCAAAAGGACAUGGAUUGUUUUUCAGUUUCAUAGAAGUGAAACAAGUUUUGAAGCCUAUUGAGGAAGAAGCAUUUGUGCAAAGGUUACCUUUGGAGUCAUCAAUUUCACUCUUUCAAGGUCAUAAUGAUCUGAAAUGCAAGUUUAGUUAUCUUGGUUUAGAAUACUUCCAAGAGGAAAUUUUGAAUUCUCUCCACCUCUCAGAAACCAGGAAUUAAAUCUGUGCAGCUCUGUUGGUCAUAGCUGGGAUCAUUCUGUCGUUUUUCCCCUGUGGCUCGAAUACCUAUAACUUGAGAAAGGGGCCUCAUUUAUCUGGUAAUCAGUGGGUCAAGAGCCCUAAUAACAUUAUAAUAGCAUUCUGAAUUGCACCACCAACGAUCCAUUGAAGGAACUUGGCUGGCUUUCUGUGAUGAUCAGAAUUCUCUUCCAGACUUGACAGGUAAAGUGCUAUUGUCCAAAUCCCCUUUCCCAUUUCAUGCAUGAGAUCCACCCAAGCAUUUACCAUGUGAUUUACCUGUUUGCCAGUACAUGACAUCCAGGCUGCCCAAUCCUUACCUGCCAGCAAGCCACUGGAAUACAAAUUAAAGACAAAGGCCAACAGUAAAUGGUGUCCAUGUUUUAUUAUUGAAGGACCUGAUCAUAGUAUACAUUCAUUAAAACAUAAAA